AUGUUUUUAACAAGAAGUGAAUACGAUCGUGGUGUGAGCACUUUUUCUCCAGAGGGCAGACUAUUUCAAGUUGAGUACUCUUUGGAGGCCAUUAAACUCGGCUCCACAGCGAUUGGCAUUGCCACCAGUGAGGGUGUUGUUCUCGGUGUAGAGAAAAGAGUAACAUCUCCACUAUUAGAAAGUGAUUCCAUUGAGAAAAUUGUGGAGAUUGAUCGUCACAUUGGGUGUGCCAUGAGUGGGUUGACUGCUGAUGCACGUUCUAUGAUUGAGCAUGCUCGUGUCGCUUCUGUGACACACAACCUUUACUAUGAUGAGGACAUAGGGGUAGAAUCUCUUGCACAAUCAGUAUGUGAUCUAGCAUUGAGAUUCGGUGAAGGUGCUUCUGGUGAGGAAAGAUUAAUGUCAAGGCCAUUCGGUGUCGCAUUGCUGAUCGCAGGCUAUGACAAAGAAGAAGGAUACCAAUUGUACCACGCAGAACCGUCAGGAACUUUCUAUAGAUACGAUGCAAAAGCAAUUGGUUCAGGCUCUGAGGGUGCUCAAGCUGAACUUCAAAAUGAAUGGCACUCUUCAUUGACUCUCAAGGAAGCUGAAAAGCUCGUAUUAAAGAUCUUGAAGCAGGUGAUGGAGGAAAAACUAGAUGAAGAUAACGCUCAGUUGAGCAGCAUUACCAAGGAGGAUGGCUUCCAGAUAUAUAGCGAUGAGAAAACAGCUGCCAUAAUUAAAGAAUUAAAAGAGAGCGAGGCACAUGAAGAACCUGAAGGCCAAGAUGUCGAAAUGACAACAUAA